UUAGGGUUUUCUCAGCUCUAGGGUUUCGAAGUCCAUCGCCGCCGAAGAGAAGAGAAGAGAGGAGCCAUGGGCGUGUUCACCUUCGUUUGUAGGAAGUCCGGCAGUGAAUGGAGUGCCAGCCAGCUCUCCGGUGACCUAGAAGGAUCGGCGUCCAGCACCUUCGACCUUCAGCGGAACCUUGUUAAGACUGUCCUCGGCGUCGACUCCUCUGGCGGAGUCCAGUCCUCCUUUUCCCUUGUUACCCCCUCUUCCGCCGUCUUCCAGGUUAUUGUUGGCGGAGGUGGUGGCGGAGGGUUCAUUGCCAGUGGUGGUGCAGCUGCUGCUGGGGCAGGCGGUGGUGCUGCGGCUGCUGCUCCUGAGGCACCUCCUGCAGAGGAGAAGAAGGAAGAGAAAGAAGAGAGCGAUGACGACAUGGGCUUUUCUCUCUUCGAUUAAUUUCUUCAUUUAUCGGCCCGCCAGCAUUAGGCGAUACUAUGGUUUUGCAAGCUUUAUUUUGUUCUUGAUAAUAUGUUUCGAAACUCAACCAUCAGAACUUUGUUCUAUUAUAAAUUAGGGAUUUGAUUGCAUUGUGGUUUUACCUUUUUUGAGUGAUUGUCUUAAGUUUCCUGCUUCUUUUUGUGUCUUACUUCACCAGGUUUGAUUUACAAGUUUGAACUGUGAACUGGAAAUAGAGUAAUCAAUUUUAGUUGAA